AUGGCAGUAAACUGGCUCGGACUGCUGUCCAUAGGAGUCUUUUACAUGAUCAUACUUGCAACAGGCAUCUGGGCCUCGAGGAAGGCCAAAUAUGAAGAGAAGAAAAGCCCCGGGAGUCGCAGCGAAGUCGCAAUGGUGGGAGGACGAAACCUGAACAUCAUCGUCAGCAUAUUUACUAUGACAGCCACGUGGGUGGGAGGAGGCUAUAUUCUGGGUAAUGCUGAAGUGGUCUACGAUCCAACAAAGGGGUUGGUGUGGGCCAUCGGACCUUUUGCCUUUGCAAUGAACCUGGUUUUAGGUGGACUCUUCUUUAUCAAACCCAUGCGCUCAAAGAACUAUGUUACCCUCAUGGACCCGUUUCAAGAGAAAUAUGGCAACACUGUAGGUGCUGUUCUCUUCAUCCCCGCUCUCCUCGGAGACAUCUUGUGGGUAGCGUGCAUUCUUGGUGCGCUGGGAGGGACAGUCAGCGUGGUUAUGGAUAUCUCCUCCUCCCUGGCUGUGGGAAUCUCGGCAUCUGUGGCAAUCCUUUACACAUUAAUGGGAGGACUGUACUCUGUGGCCUAUACUGAUGUCAUCCAGCUCAGUUUCAUGCUCCUUGGCUUGUGGCUCUGUGUGCCUUUCAUUAUGACAAGCCCCAGCUCUGCUAACUUCACUGUUGCUGCAGUAACCACACUGUACCAGGAGCCUUGGCUCGGCAAGCUGGAGCCUAAAGAUACAGGUCGCUGGAUAGAUGACCUGCUGCUAUUGGGCAUUGGAGGGAUCUGCUACCAGGCUUUCUACCAGAGAGUUCUGUCCACAGCCACUGAUGCCCAAGCUAAGAUCACCUGCUUUGCUGCAGCAGUUUUAUGCCCAAUCCUCGGCAUCCCAUCACUCAUUAUUGGGGCAGUGGCAGCAUCUACCAAUUGGAACCAGACCACGUACGGCUCACCCAGUCCGUAUGAACAGGGCAGAGCUGGCAUGAUCCUGCCAAUUGCCCUUCAGCAUCUCUGCCCUUUCUACAUCUCAGUGGUCGGCAUCGGAUCACUCGCUGCUUCUGUGAUGUCCUCAGCCGACUCUGCACUUCUGUCUGCUGCCUCACAACUGGGCCGAAAUGUCUUCAAGAACAUCAUUUAUAAACAAGCAUCAGAAAAAACGAUUCUUAUGGUGGUUAAGGUGUCAGUGCUGCUUUGUGGACUGAUGGGAACAGCUCUGGCUAUGACAACUUCGUCCGUUCACCUGUUCUGGGUGGUCAGCGCAGAUGUCCUGUAUUCGAUGAUGUCUCCCCAGGUGACAUGCAUCUUCUUCUUAUCCCGGUGGGUGAACCAGUACGGAGCCUGUUCUGGUUUUGUGUUGGCAAUACUGCUGAGAGCUCUGGUUGGGGAACCUUUGAUAGGUCUUCCUGACUUUCUGCCCCUGCCGUGGGACAAGAUACAGGAGGAUGGUCAGAGACAUCGCCUGUUUCCUUUUCGCACUGCCAUCAUGCUCGUCACAACAGGAACUAUCAUACUAGUGUCACAGCUGACGGAGUGUCUGAAGAGGCUUUUGAAAAGUGACGCUGAAAGGAACAGGAACGCAUAUGACUUGGCUAAAAUCCAGACAGAUGGGGAGGAAAGCGAAAAACUGAAUAAUGAACAUUAG